GUAAUACCUAAAUAUGUUUGUGUUGCUUGUUGUCCACAGGAUAAUACAUCAGAAUGACGAAUUCGACGAGCUUGUUUAUUGAAACGAAUACUGACUGUAAUGCUAUAGGAUCAGCGACAUGGGAUUUUGCUGGACAUCAUGUAGUUUUUUCUAUAUACGGCCCAGAUGAAGCUAAGAUCAAUGAUGAACUCACUCAUCGUGCUUAUGUUGAUGUAACAGUUACACCCCGUACAGGACAACGAACAUCAAAGGAAUCAGAGCUCGAAAUUUACCUUAAUCAUCUUAUGGAACGUCUAAUUGAUGUGAAGGAGUUCCCACGAUCUAAGUUUACUGGACGCUUAUUUAUUGUCACUGGUGGCACUAAUCAUCCUAGAACAGUGGCUGCAGCCAUAAAUGCAAUUUCACUAGCUCUUCUUUUAUCUGGCUUACCAUUACGAGCAACAAUUGCAUCAGUAUGUCAUACAAUCCAAAAUGCUUUAAUCACAUUUGCAGUGGAUGUGACUCAUCCAAAGCUUUACACUAAAAAGCAUAGUUCCAAUGAGCCCAGCAUUUUUGCUAUAUACACUGGUCAAACAUAUUCUGAAAUUGACAAAAUUAGCGGAUCUUCUCUACAUAUCCCAAUCCAAAACUUUCUUGAUAUCAUCAAAUUACCAAAAUCACAUGACGAAGAUAUAAACACUACAGAGCAUACCAAAAAUGAGAGUAUUUAUGAACAAGCAUUAAAUUUACUUGAUGCAAUGGUAUCACAGAUUGUUUCUAAUGUACAUAUAUAGUAAAUAUCAUUUUAUGGAUUAACUGUACUGUUUGUUUGUAAAUAUGAUUUCUAUUGUAACUAAUAUUUCUUUCUUUUUUUCACCGACUAAUGCAUGAUGUCAGCGUUGUGGAUAUAAGAUGCUAUUGCCAUAAGGAUGGCAACUCGAACUGAUGUAUGUACGUACGAAGUUCUACGUUGU